AUGGCUGGUGCAUUCAACUCGGAAUGGGUUGAUGGAGUCAAAGUCACUGGUCAUGCUCUUGCAAUUCUCCAACAGCAACGUGAACAGCUUUAUGAACCUCGGGAUGAUCAAAAUGACCAUGGCAUUUUAUCCGAUAUUUUGGAUGAUCUCGACGAUUAUGGUGAUUUCGAUUCCAAGGAAGAUCUUCUGGCUGAUUACUCUGCUUUUGCUCUCCAUCAGCGUCAGCGUGGCGGAGGUAGACCCCCUCAAAGAGAGAAAGGUUACUACAACCGUUAUGAUGACCGCAUCGAAGAAGUCAGAAAGCGAAUAAAAGAUAAACUCUCGAGAGCCAAGGAUAAUCUUGACGAUGCUCAUAAAUGGAACAGAAGAUCGCCAGGCAACGCGCGUGUUGUCCCAUAUUAUAAUGAAAAGGCAAGUAGGACCCCUGACCUUAGCUCUGGAAAACGAGCCAUGGUAAAACCCUGGCAGGAAGGUAAAAGGCUUCACGAAAAGUUACAGGACGCAAAGUCUCGUCAAGACUGGAAUGCUGUUGCGGAGGUUGACAAAGAACUUGCUCAAGCUUUAUCUACUUAUCAGCAACCACCUGAACUAGCUAGGGAAGAUCCAGACAAACCUACUCGCCAAGACAAGCAAGAUAAUCUCAUCUGUGCACUUUUAGAUGUUUUGGAUGUGGCUAAACACGCUAAGAUGAGUCCUGAAGCUACUGCGGCAGCACUGGCCGUCAUGAAUGACAGAUUCUACAACACACCUGCUGGCGAAGACGAAGAAGACGAGGAAGAAGAGUUGAAAGGCGACUCUCAU